AGUGUGCGCAUAUUGACUACAUGCUCGUAGCCUACACUUACUGCAGAGGAAUAUUUCUGAAUUUUAGCACUUUUUUGUAAUUUUUGCUCAAAAGUGUCCGCUUUCUGAUAACUUUUUCGUACUCUGGAUUUUGAACUCGUUUUGUUUUUCUGAAAUGGACUACGCCUGACCACAGACUAUAAAUCAUUGAAGUUGUCCCCAUGUCACUUUAAUAAAAGACAAUACACGAUAGUAGCCGCAAUUUCCCACCAAGUUUCGAUUCAACUUCCGCGUGAUGAUAAACAACGCACAUACAACAUUUCCUUUUAAAUCAGACUUUUAGCUGAUAGGCUACAAUUAAACAUUUAUCAUUUCCACUAGAAGACCGAUCAUUGAGAGUCCAUCUUUAGAUAGAAAUGUCGUUUAGGAGUAGCUUUAAACCCUCUAAUCCGCACACAGAAAUACACACAUCAUUUCGAUCAAAAUGGCCGCUCAAACCUACAAAAUUUCCCGUGAAAAUAGCUGUUAAAUAGUCCUACUAGAGUCAAAACAAAUAAUUUUCUUAAUAUUCAAAUUUAAAUUAGCCGUCAUUUUCGUAAAUAAGUGUAAAAUCUGCCUGAAUUAUAAACGCAGUGUUCAAGGUUAAUACCAGUUCAGUUCAACUGAAAUUAACGCGCUGUAUUCUGCCUUCUGAGGGGAAAAAACAAGUUGGAACUAAAGAACCCGAUUAUCAAAUCUUAAAAUUCUGGGUCAGAGAAAGAUCUGGACCGGUAUUUCUUGAUAUCUAAGACAUUACUAAGGCGAUAUCAAACCACUAAUCAGCCUCAGCAGCCCCGUUGACUUAUCAGGCGCAACUUAUCAGCCAAGCUUUAUCAGACUAACCCAAGACUCCAAAGAUAUCUGACUUCUCAGUCUGACUCCAAGUCUGCUUGGUGCUUUGUGGUCCGGAGACGAAAACUUUCACUUGAUGGGCAAUUUUUGUCAUUUUUGUUUUUUGAAAGUGCCGUAUUUAACAAAUUCUCACGAGUGAUUUAACUCCAAAUAUGACAAUCAAAUAGACUGUACUCUCCUAUUUUCCAGUCGCGAGAAUCUUUAUUCACCUGAGAAACCAAAUAUUUGAAAACCCUUCGAUUUCAAACCAACGACAUCAAUCCAAGUUGAAAAAUAAUUUCAAAAUUUUAAUAUUUAACUCCGAAUCGUAAAAGUUAAACACGUAAGCAUCGAAAGUAACUCGGCAAAAGUAUUCAAAAUGGAGUCACCUACACAUUAUCAAGAAAGCGCAAUGGAGAAUUUCGGAAACAACGUAUUUGUGCGAAACUUUGAGAAAAUUCAUACGGAAUGUCCUGGACCUCCGAGAAAACCAUUCGGCUGACGAGCAACAACUGUGAUACCAGACAUAUCUAAAACAUGGAACGACACUGGUCUCCGGACAACCGAUCAAGGUCACCACACUCUCCAGUCAGAAGAGAGGAAAAUGGGUACGAGAGACAUGAGCGAGAGGGCAGUCAAGAAAUAAUGCGACAUCCGUCACCACAACACCACCCGGAAGAACUCGUCGUCCAUCGCCAAGGCAACACUGAGUAUGCCCAACCCUCACCGGAAAUGGAUGUUCGAGUAAAAUCGGAACCAGAAGAUUUACACCAACGGCCGCCAGAUGGCAUGAGCGAGGAUGAUCGUCUGCAUCCGUCUAUCAUGACAGGAGCAGAGUCAGACCGAGAAACUGAAGCUGCUGUAGCGGGACUCAAUCCUUCGCCUGUUCCAGAACAAUCCGUAUCGCAUCAUGGUCACGUGCAAGUCCACAAUCAACAUCUUAACAUUCCACCGGGUCAACAAGGACAUUAUCCGGGUUCUCAGAACAUUUUGCCCUCGUCAGAAGACGUGGAAACAUUUCUCAGCAGUCUCGAGCGCCCCCAGGCGACCAACGUCAUGAUUCCAUCCAGUUUGCCCGUAGCAACAACGAACAGUAAUUUAACCCUGCUGACGAACUCUCCAGUGUCCUUGUCCUAUAGUAAUGGUCCGGUGUACAACGGUGGUACCGCGCCACAGGAUAGCGCCACCUAUGGGAGUCAAAUGUACCUUCACCAGCAGAGACAUCCACUAUAUCACAACCAAUACGCACCUCAGCAUAGUCAAAACCAGAACUGGAGCCGUCCACCGUCCGGGUAUUCAUCCGCCUCUGCCGCGAAUCCAGCCCUUGCCCAGCGCCUUUCCUUGCCAACCGUGGUCAGCCCGAGGUCGGAGCCUGGCUACCCAACGCCUUACGCAUUCCAGGACACGAGCGGUGUCAACUCGUACGGGAGUUAUCCAGUCGGUGCAGACAUGGGCUGGAACACUCUCAGGGGCAUGAACAUGCCAGGAUCCCCUCACGCCCAAGGUUAUUUCGCCGAUAUGGAAGGCCGGGAGUGUGUAAAUUGUGGUGCAAUCUCCACGCCACUAUGGCGGCGGGACGGAACGGGUCACUACCUUUGCAACGCGUGUGGUCUCUACCAUAAGAUGAACAACGGGUUGAACCGCCCUCUAUUGAAGCAACCAAAACGAAUGGGCGAGGCGGAUCCGCACACGCUAGACUACGCCGGCGGGCCUAACAACUGGACCAGUGCAUUGCUGGAGAAGAGCCAAAAGAGGAAUUCCGGCCGACGUGUUGGGCUGUCUUGCGCAAACUGCACAACGUCUACGACCUCCCUCUGGCGGCGAAAUAACGAUGGAGAGCCCGUGUGCAAUGCCUGUGGAUUGUACUUUAAAUUGCACAGUAUUAACCGUCCAUUGUCCAUGAAGAAAGACGGCAUCCAAACCCGGAAGCGGAAACCGAAGUCAGCACCCUCACCCGUCUCCAUAAAAAACGAGAGUCCCUCCGCGCCAUCCGCCCCGUCUCCGGGCAACAGGGAACUUCCAAACAUAGCUCAGGUACCGAGUUGGUUGCAUGAUGGGACGUACGCUGUUGACAAUGAGUCCAAGAUGCUAGUAGGGCAUGACGGACAUCAAGAGCAGCCCGGGGUCGACUACGAGCAGUAUAGAGGGAUCACCUAUCGACCAGCCCCUGAACUAUACCUAUCUCGGCCCUCAGUCAUCCAGACCUCGUCUCCAGCAUCAUAUCGCCCAGAUAAGUAAUGAGGAACGGACGGUAACGUGUCUCUAAGAACGAGGAUGUGCUUUGCUAAAAAGUGGUCAGUUCAUCUUUAAAGCAGAUGUAUUUGUGUCUGGAAAGGGGGAUGACGUGCGUAACUGGACAGCUUUUUAAGCCAGAUUGUUGUGGCCAUUUCAGCUUUCUGUCAAGGCUAGUGUUUUAUGUUUCUGACCACAGAUGGCGCUGGGUCAUUAGCAGACGAAUGUGGGUGGACCUGGCACUGUACUUGGCCACGAACUUCGGACUCUUGUGAAUCAGUCGAGGCAAAUGGACCCAGACACUGAUAAGGAGGAGCAGACAUGACAUUUUACAACAUUCCAGUUUCAUAUCAAUAUUGCCAUAUCAGAGUGUGGCAUUUUUGUUUUUAUUAUUCAAGAAUCUUGCCCAGCUAUGACUUCCGAGGCAGUCUCCUUCCUUCAUGGGGGAGACGAGGUGAAUCCACUGCCUGUGGAGUGUAGCCCAGCUAUGUGAAGCUUGCCGAUCAUUUUGACGUAUUAGGAUUACUCAAUAUUUCGGGAAUCGUAGUCUGUGUUUAUCAAACAGUUGCGGAACCUCCCUAUUGUGGAAGAAAUGGUCAUUAACUGUAUAUAAAGAGAGUAUGUAGAUAAUUUCGUUUCUUAAUUUAUAUUCAUACAAAGAGUAGUUUACUUUCGGUGUAAGUCAAUAGGGUUUAGUUUAGGUCAAAAGGGAGACACUUAAAUUGUUGGGGGGAUGCGUGUAAGGGAUACGUUUCAUCGGUUUCAUGUCGGCCUAUAUAAUAAACAACACAGCGUUGUCAGGAACGAAAUCAGCGCCUCUGGUGUCAAGAUUGGAAGUUAAUGUAAGACCAAAACGUCAUCUUGGAAGAUGAGCAUUCGGCAACCUUCGCGUGUCAUGACUUAUGCUCGGGAAAGGUCGGGACAACUGAUUGAUAUUUGGUCUCCAUUGUUCGGGAAUUUCCGAUGAUUACCGAAUGUUUUUUUUAAGACAGAGAGCACGUGGGACUUGUAAUGUACGUUGUGCUGGUGUAUAUAUUUGGGGGGGAUGUG